UUUGACUCUUCAAAGCCAUGGCGCGCAAAGCAACGGCGAAACUUGACUCACCGUAAUCUCCGGCGGCUUUGGCCAUAUCCGUCAACAUCGAACCAAAACCUUCUUACUUCUCUACUUCCCAUUCUCUUCUCCACCUUCAUCUCCAAUUCUCUCCGGUAAAUGACGUCAGAACAUCUGGCUUCCUCGGUGGUUUCUGCCGUACAAUCGAUCCAACGUUCAUUGACUGAUCUCUGUGAUCACGAACACCAUUACUCGUUUGAUAAUCCCCGACAGUUCUCGGGGUUGGCCCGGCGACUUCAGCUUGUCGUCAACCAGGUACUCCUGUCGUUUCAAUCACUGUCGCCGGGGAGCUUCCCGUCGUCGGUGCAGACCACCCUUAAAGGAAUGUCCAGUGAUCUGUCCAAGGCUGCAGAAGUUGUUUCCGUUUAUGAGAAAAGAAGCAAGAUAUUCGUCUUGAUCAACUGCAAGUCGCUGUGCUUAUCUCUUCAGGAGCACACUUUCUCCAUAGGAGGCUGGCUCGCCUUGCUCGAUCAGGCUCUUCAAGACGACCCUGACCUCCAAAAGAAAGCUUCGGAUCUUUCCAGAGACAUGAAGCUCGUUCAGUUCAGGGUUACAGAGACCGAAGAGAGAGUUCAAUGUACGCUGGAAAAAGAAGGGGUUGGAAGACCAACAACCAAGGCGGUGCAGAGUGCUAUUGUCAUGGAUUUGGCUCGCGCCUUGGGAAUUGACCCUGACGAUCAUGCAGAGUUGUCUAACGAAAUAAAGCUGUUCAAGAAUGACCUAUUGAGCUCAAAUUCUUUAUCAGAGCGGCGGAUUUUAGUUUCCCUUGAAAGGAUUUUGAAUAACUGGUCUAUUGAACCUGCAAUUGAGACUCGAAAAUUGGACUUCGACCUUGAAGACGAUGCAGCGAUUCCCCCCUUCAAAAAUUUUCUGUGCCCAUUGACCAAGGAAGUGAUGAAGAAUCCCGUAGUUCUGGAAACUUCCCAGACCUAUGAACGGACUGCUAUAGAGUACUGGUUCGACAGGUGUAUUCAAGAUGCACGUGACCCAACUUGUCCUGUAACUGGGAAGGUUCUCAAAUCCUUGGAACUGAAACCCAAUAUUGGAUUGGCAGGGGCAAUAGAUGAGUGGGUUAACAGGGUUAUAGAGUAUCGAGUCAAAUCUGCUGCUGACCAUUUGAAUGAGGAGCCACUUUGUAUAGAUCACGUUGAGAGAUCUUUGGAUAAUAUUUAUGAGGUUUCAGAAGAACAUCCUGCUAGCAGAUACGUAAUCAGGAAUGCUGGAAUUGUACAACUGAUAGGGAAGCUUCUUACUGAUAGCUCAAAAGUUAUUGGAUCACGGCUGAGAAGCAAAGCUUUGACGGCUUUAGUUAGUAUGGCUAAAGAUGAAGAAAGCAAGAAAAUAAUGCUCGAAGGGAGUAUCACAAGAUUGGCUGUACACAGUCUUACUGGUAGCUCAGAGAAAGAGAGGGAGUAUGCUGUGAAGUUAUUACUGGAGUUCUCCAGCGAUGAAGCUUAUUGCAUAGGAGUUGCAUCAGAGAAAGGUGCAUUGGUUCUCCUCACAAGUAUGGCAGGAAAUCUAGAGUUUCCUGCUUUGUCCAAGUUAGCCGAGGAAGUCUUAAAGCAGUUGGAGAGGGUGGAGGAUAAUGUGCAACGUUUAGCAGCAUCUGGAAGAUUUGAACCUUUACUUUCACGGUUGCAUGAUGGUCCUGAUGCUGUAAAGAUAGAGAUGGCGUCUCUGCUUGGAAGGAUGACCUUGACAAACAGUAAUAAAGAGCAAAUUGCCAGGCAAAGUGCUGGAGUACUUGUUGACUUGUUGUCGAAGCCAGAAGGAAGAGAACCAAGUCUGCAAGCAUUAUAUAACUUGUCAGGGUUGGAUGACAAUGCAACCAUCCUUGUCAAGUCUCCAGUCUUUCCGUCUCUUAUUGAUGUUCUAUUUGAUGGCCAGGAGCCUUCAAAUGAAAUUAAAACACUAGCUGCUUCAACAAUUGCAAAUAUAGUAUCAAAGCCAGGGCGUUGGGAAUUAGCAUCUGCUGACAUGAAGGGGAGUUCAAUGCAGUCAGAAAGUGUAGUUUUCAAGCUUCUGCAACUUUUAAACUCGGUGUCAUCUCAAUGUCAAGUAUAUGUUCUUCGCAUUCUCUAUGGAAUAACAUCUUCCCCGCAGGCAUCAGAGUCAGUUGCUUUGCAUAUAAAAUCUGGGGAUGGCUUUAAAACGAUCACACAAUUUCUUGAAAACCCAGAAUUCGAACUCAGAAUGUAUGCUUUGAAGCUUUUGAGACUAUUAUCUGAACUGUUCAGUCAAGAUCUAGGAAAUGAGCUGAGACUUUCCAACAAGCUCACCAUGCUCAAAGAAAAAAUAUUAGAUGAUCAAUCUGCAGAGGAGGAGAGAGCAACUGCAGCAUGUAUACUCGCCAACCUUUCCUUAACAGAGAAUGAUAUUAAAUCGCUUUUGGGAGGUGAUUUCAUUAGAUGGAUCGUCUCCACUCUCAAGAACCAGAGGCAUAGCUCCAAUGCAAGGAUUUCGCAGACUGCAUUAAGCUUGCUGGAAGGUCUUCUUGGCCUCUUGCUUCACUUCACUACGAACCUUGAUGAGCAAAGUCUAACCAUUAUCAGAGAAAAUCGUCUCAUGACCAUUUUCUGUGAACAAUUGGAGUAUACUUCCAAACUAAAGGUAAAAAGACUUGCUGCUCUUGGAUUAAAAAGCUUGUCAGAAAUUGGAAGGACAGUUACUUCUAGGGACGCUGAACCGUCACGUUCCAAUGGUUUCUGCUAUUCCCUCCUGUUCAUGUGUGGGAGGACCUCUUAUCAGAACCUUUCAUGUCCAAUUCACAACAGUUACUGUGAGGAAGAUAGUCAAUUGUGCCUGCUAAGGAGCAACUGUAUAAAGCCUCUAAAUGAUCUCCUCAAUGAUAACAAUGACACUAGUGUUCAAAUUGCUGCACUGGAGGCACUUUCAACACUAGUUUUGGAUUAUUCUUCAAAUACUUUCAAGAGAGCAGCUGAUGAGCUUGCGCAAUUGGGUGUGGUUGAUUCUGUGAUCAAUCUUUUCACAGAGGCUAGAUCUGGCGAGCUUCAAGAGAAGACCGUUUGGAUCAUAGAGAAAAUAUUGAGAGUGGAAAAUCACAUACCUAAGUACUCACUUAAUCAGUCUCUUGUGAGGGGCUUGGUUGAAGCCUUUAAGCAUGGGAAUCCUAACACCAAGGUGCUUGCUCAACAUGCUUUAACCUGCCUAAAGCAAAUAUCAGUUCUAAGUGAGAAGACAUCAAGUCAACCUCAAGCUAGGAGGUAGCUAAACAUGUAAUUUUUUGUCCCCAUCAUUCCUCUUAUUUUAUUCUUUGGGAUAUUAUCCCUGUAGUUCUUUUUGUUAUAAAUCAAACAGUCUCACUAUAAUCUGACAGAUACAUGUAAAAAAAAACAAUGUUUAUGACACUUGGAUUCUUUACGUCUCCCAUUGACAUGUAAUUGUGUAAAUAAUUUCAAGGAUAUUUUUUGUGUUA